AAAUACUAGUGAAUUUCAUUCACAAAGAAGUUAUUCUGCUUUCCUGAGAUCAACACAACACAACACAAAACAGGUGUCCUCCUCCUACUCUCCAACUUCCAAAGCAUCGUUCUCCUCGAAACGUAUCGCAAUCGUCGAGAAACAGCAUCAAUUUGCGUGGCGGAGUUUGCUAUAUCAAUCUGCGUAGUUAAGAGGAGAAUUUUCACCUAAAGAAGAAGAAAAUGCUAGGGGAUGGAGCCCAAACCCCUAGUCGGUCUGAUUUGCUAUGUAUGGUGAAAAAGAAUUCAAAGAUGUUAGGGAAAACCAUAGUGGAAGAUGAAGAAACAUCGGAUGUUGAAACAGAUCCCGUUUUCUGGCAUGACAUUAUGGACGUGUAUUUCAUUCGUGGCAGGGAGUCUAGGGGGCGUCAGGAAGACGAUCUUGUAUUUUUUGUUAAAAAAUUGCAUUUGCAGAAUCACGGGUCAAAUGAAGAUGAAUCUGUGAACUCGCCAUACUUUGUACGCAGGUGGGCACCUAAGUUGGAUGACUUGACUGGCGCAAGUUCGUCAGAUGUUGAUUGGAGGCGCUCCUUUUACUUGAACUUAAUUGCUCAAACUUCUUUUAGUGUGACGGUGGCAAUUUGUAGUCAGCAGGUCCUUAAGAAUUACCAAACUGGCAAAGACAGACCAUUAUCUCCUAUAUACAAGGUUAUCAAAACUGUCUAUGCGUCUCCAAGUCGUAUCAAUUUUCACUUGGACUCAAGGAAGGAAGUAGAAACAACCUCUGCCUACCCAGAGAUAUGUUUUGCAGUUGAUGACUUUGAUUCCACUUUUGAUGCAGUGGUCUUGACAGAUGUAGAUCACUGCUAUUGUGUACUUUUAAAUGCACAUGAUGGGGCUGCAUUCCCGAGUGAGAGAAAACAACAUGACUACAGUCCUGCUAAUUCUUCAAAGAGUGAUACAAGUUCUGGAAAAGUACCAACUUCAAAGGUUCGAGAAAUUGAUUUUCUUUGGAAGUGAAUAGCAUCUGUAAUUCUUGCUUUGGUGCUUUUAGUUUGUAAUUGUGAGAAGGCACGGGAGAAAAUGUGUUAUUGAUAUUGGAUGAACAAUACAAUACAAUACAAGAGGUCCU